AUGGGCACCACAGCCUCGUCGGCCUCAGAGCAAAACGCUCAGAGCGAUCAAGGCCUAGCGGAUGGCAUUGGGGAUGACUUUGUGACCAUUGAAGACACAUCACGCCCACGUUCGCAGACGGCUCCAUCCUCCCGCACUCAAAGCAAUGAAACCAGUAGCAGUAGCAGCCAAUCCCGUCGAGUGCGUCUCAGCACUACCCUGUGCCCUCUUUGUCAUGUCGCUCAUGAACCAGCUUUUGCCAAAGUGCGCAAAAAGAGCAUGUCUGGGGUUAGCAAAGCCUUCAAAUCUCUAAUGGGCUCGCGCGACGACAGCUUCCUGCAUGUCCUCUUCAAGUCCCUCCCCCCGGAAGAGCAUCUCUUGGAAGGUAACACCAUGUCGCACCAGAGCCCCGAGCUGCGGCCGACCGCUGUCGCUUCGAACCUCACACGUGCAACAUGUCCCUCAGACUUUUCGUGUGCGCUACAACGCGACAUUCUGGUGCAUGGACGACUUUACGUCUCGCAAAACUACCUGAGCUUUUAUGCUAAUAUUUUUGGCUGGGAAACCACUCUCAGCGUGGAACUUUCGGAGGUGGCGAACCUACGCAAAGAGCGAACCGCUUUGGUCAUCCCUAAUGCCAUUCAGGUGGUGCUCAAGGAUGGAACAAAGUACACAUUUAGUUCUUUUAUCGGUCGUGACACGGCAUAUCGGUGCCUUUUUUGUGUCUGGCAGAAUUCAUUGAUGCCAGAGCCACGCUCAGCAGCCGAGCUGCUCCGGGCCACGAGUAGCAACUGGACAGGCGGCCUCGAGGCGCUGGCGCCACCCGUGUCCGUGCAAUCGACCGAUCCUCCUGCAGCUCCUAGCACUGAUCGCGAGGAGAGCCCCCAGCCAGUAUCUGAUGUCGUGCCUGGUAGUCGGGCCUGGCGUAAAAAGCACCGCGCCUCACCAGCCAAACUGCGCCAAAUGCGUCGCUCCAUUGGCAGUUCGCGUGCCAGUGAUUUGGACAACCUGGACGGCGAUGUCACCGAGUCAGACGGCUUGUCAGUCAACAUGGACACAGCUCUUGAAUACGAACGACGUCAGAUUGCUCGUGCCGCUGAGGAUUUGCUGGACGAUAUCCGUCGCUCCCAACAUGCUUCUCUCGGUGAUCAAGACGAAGCGGAUGACGAUGGUGACGAGGAAGGCAAUGAAAAGGACAAGGACGAGGACGAAGACGAAGACGAGGACGAGGACGAGGACGGAGCUGGAGUCGACGAGGCCAAUGAUACCUUCCAGGAUGAGCUCAGUGAGCCUCAUCGCUCUAAAGUAUCAGACAAGCAUCGCGAACGUGCCAGUGAGGAUGGCAGUCAGAACUCAAUAUCGCUGCUACCUAUUCGGUACCCUGAGGAAACCUGUGACUUUGGCCGCUUCGUCGUGGAUGAGGAAUUCGAUUGCAGUGUGGAGGCCUUGUAUAAGCUCUUGUGCAAGCCAUCACCUGUCUACGACCGCGUCUAUGAAGCAGAAAAAACGACCAAUGUUGAGGCUACGGAAUGGGCGCCAAACAGCGACAAUCAGCUGGAACGCAAGCUAUCAUACACUCUAUCCCUCAACUACAGCUUUGGGCCCAAGUCAACGCGAGGCGAGGAGCGUCAAGUUGAGCGCGAGCUUUUACACAAUCACUACUUUGUUGUUGAUUGUGAGGUCUUCACACCCAAGGUACCGUACGGGGAUAAUUUUUACAACCAACUGCGGUAUCAUGCCCAGCGGGUAGAAUCCGGCAAGACCCGCCUACAAGUCUGUGUCAGCAUCAACUAUCGCAAAGGGGCGCCUUGGAAAAUGGUGCGCAACCUGAUCGAAAGCAAUGCCUGGAAAGGCAUCAACAAUUUUUGGAAUCUGAUGUUGGACAACCUUCGUGAUGAAGUGCAGAAUCUUCCAGCAGAGGAGCGAUACAGCGAGAAGGAGCUGGCUCAGGCCAAUUCUGCAGGCUCACUUGAGCAGCUGCAGAAUGGCGGGAUUGAGACGCUGCAAAGUACGGAAACCACUCAUUCGAGGGGCCGGGUGGUCUCGCAUACGCGUACUGCCUCCAUCAACAGCAUUCUGACGGAAAAGGCCAAGCUGGAGCGUGCUUUGGAAGAGUCACGAGAACAGAGUCGAAGCCACGCUACCAGUCGAACCGCGUCGGCAUCAAUGCCACCACUCGAGGCGGACGCCGUCUUUACUUCCACUCCAUCCCACUUUUCCAAAAGCGCAACAUCCAGCGAUCACGUGCCGGCCGAUUCAAGCAAUGCGCAAAUUCUGUUCUGGCUGCAGGUGGUGGCUGGCUUCAUGUUCUUGCUGGUCCUGCUGAAUCUGAUGCUCAUCUACCAGAUGACCUGGGCCCAUGGUUCACACAACGCCGAGUCAGAUGAUCGCCUGGCCACGGCGCUCAAUACGAUCGCGACAAUCUUGCAGCAGCAACAGCAGUCGAAUGCUUGA